AUGCCGCAAUGCCCUACCAAAUUUGGGACGUGCCAGCCACCAGGCAUCCCUUUCGGGACACGGUUUGGCAUGGUUUUCGCAACGCCUCAGGUGUUUGGCCUCCUCAUCUUCAACGGCCUGUUCGACAACGUUCUGUCACAAUUCGCUUGGGCCAAGGCUGUGCAGUGGACCUCGCCAACCACAGCAACAGUGGGGCUGUCCUUGACGAUUCCGCUCAGUGUUGUGGCUGACAUAUUGCGGCAUCAGCUACUGUCUCUGUGGACCUUUGUAGCUGCUGUGCUGGUGGUCAUCGGCUUUGUUGCAGUCACACUGGCUUCAAAGCCUGCCUCACAGGCAGUCAUGCAGGAGCCUGUGUUGGAGGCUGAGUGCCCGAGCUCCAGAAGAGAGCCAGUUGCAUAA